GCCGAGGAAAAACACAGAGGAGAGACGCAGUUCGCAGCAGUGAAGCAGAACGGAGGACGGCAGUGUGUGUCGGCGGCUGCAGAGGAGCAGCUUGAAGAGGAAAUAAAAAAGGCACCCGGAGCUACAGAAGAGCUGCGUGGAGAGGGAGCCUCAAGCUAGGAUGGCUACAUAUGGGACUGUCGGUGAAUUUGUGGAGGGACACGAGGACUGGACGGAGUAUGAAGAAAGGUUGGGACACUUUUUCUCUGCUAAUGGGAUUACAGAAGAGGAUAAAAAGCGCUCUAUUCUCCUGAGUGCGUGUGGAGCAAAGACUUAUAAGUUGAUAAGGAACUUGGCCACACCGCGGAAACCGGGAGAGAUCCCAUAUGAUGAUCUUGUCACGCUCGUGGGAAACCACCACAAUCCAAAACCUUCUGUGAUAGUCCAAAGAUUCAAGUUUCACAGCUACUUCAGGAGGCAAGGUCAGUCUGUGGCUAACUUUGUAGCCGAGUUACGGCAGCUGUCAGAACAUUGUGAUUUCGGGGCAGUGUUAGAUGAUAUGCUACGUGACAGAUUAGUGUGCGGCAUUAAUAAUGACGCCACACAACGCCGCCUGCUGGGGGAAACUCCACCACUGACGUUCAAGAAAGCUCUGGAAAUCUCCCAAGGCAUGGAGAUGGCUGCUAAUAAUGCCAAGGAUAUCCAGAAAGGACAUGGAGGAGCACAAACAGCAGCAGUGCACCAUGUCAGGAGAGAGACUGGUAAGCAUGAAAGAAAAGUGGAGUGUUUUCGUUGUGGAGGGGGACACUAUGCAAAUGACUGUAAAUUUAAAGACGUUGUUUGUCAUGCUUGUAACAAAAAGGGACAUUUAGCCAAAAAGUGCAGAAGCUCAAAGGGGAAGGGCAAGCCGGGGCUGGGAAAAAUGCAGCAGGCUCAGGCAGCCACACAUCACCUAGAUGAAGAAGAUAAAGAGGCUGUGUGUUCUUUUAACAUGUUUGGUGUGGAAACGGAUGAAGAACCACCUGAGCCUUACUAUGCAACAGUCACUGUAGGAGGGCAGGACAUUAAGUUUGAGAUUGAUUCAGGAGCUACAGCCUCCGUUAUCAGUGAAGACACUUACAGGAGGACGUGGGGGUUUAACCAGCCUCCCAUCCGCCCAUCAAAGCUCAAACUUAGGACCUAUACAGGGCAGCCCAUUCCUCAUUUGGGAGUGGUUUAUGUGGACAUUUUAGCAGAGGGUCAAAAAGCUAAAGGCAGGCUGGUGAUCGCUAAAGGCAGAGGGCCCAGUCUUUUGGGCCGCGAUGUGCUUAGAAAAAUCCGACUCAACUGGCAUGAAAUAAAAUAUGCAAGCACAACAGAGGUCACUCUGCAGCGAUACAGUGAUGUGUUCAAGGAUGAGCUGGGAACACUUAAGGGCAUGACAGUAAAGCUCCAUGUUGACCCUGAAGCCACACCUAGGUUUUUCAAGCCCAGAGCAGUGCCCUAUGCCAUGAAAGGCAAAGUUGAAGAGGAACUGGAACGAUUACAGAAGCUGGGCAUCAUCAAGCCCGUCCAGUUUUCAAGGUGGGCAGCACCCAUUGUUCCAGUGUUAAAGGAGGACAAAACUGCACGGAUAUGCGGGGACUACAAAGUCACAGUGAAUCAGGUCUCUAAGCUGGAGGAGUAUCCAUUGCCACGCAUAGACGACCUGUUUGCGACCCUGGCAGGGGGUAAGCUGUUCACAAAGCUGGACAUGAGCCAGGCCUACCAACAGCUACUGCUCGACGAGGAUUCAAAAGAGUACGUCACGAUCAACACACACAAAGGUUUAUUCAAAUACAAUCGCCUGGUGUUUGGAGUGGCAUCCAGUCCUGCCAUUUUCCAAAGAACAAUGGACACUCUGCUGCAGGGGAUUCCGCAUGUAGCAGUGUACUUAGAUGAUAUUUUGGUCACAGGGGCCACGGAGGUGGAGCAUCUGGCUAACUUGGAAGAGGUGCUGAAGAGACUCUCAGAAGCAGGGCUGCGAUUAAAGCGCAGCAAAUGUGUGUUUCUAGCACCAAGUGUGACCUAUCUGGGACAUAGGAUCACAGCACAGGGACUCUGCCCAGUGGAAGACAAAGUGAGAGCUAUUAAGGAAGCUCCAAACCCCAAAUGCAUCACUGAACUCAGAUCGUUCUUAGGCAUGGUGAACUAUUAUGGCAAGUUUCUGCCCGACCUCUCAAAAGUUUUGGCCCCACUGUACAAGUUGCUUCACAAUGACACAAAAUGGCAGUGGUGUGAGGAGCAGGAGGCAGCUUUCAAGGAAGUGAAAGAGCUCCUCCAUUCAGCAACGCUCCUGGUUCACUAUGACCCGGAUAAACAGAUAACACUUUCAUGCGACGCCUCGCCCUAUGGAGUCGGGGCAGUUCUUUCGCAUGUAAUGGAGGACGGAUCAGAGAAGCCGGUUGGCUUUGCUUCACGUACCCUGACAAAAGCGGAGCAGGGAUACUCACAGCUAGACAAAGAAGGUCUGGCCAUCGUGUUCGCUGUCAAGCGCUUUCAUCAGUAUCUCUAUGGUCGCGCAUUCAAGAUCUACACAGACCAUAAGCCACUGAUGAGCCUGUUCAGUGAGACCAAAUGUAUCCCACCGCUGGCCUCAGCCAGGAUACAACGUUGGGCGCUCACACUGUCAGCCUACCAGUACGCCAUAGAGUACAGAGCAGGUAAGGAUAACGCAAAUGCCGAUGCACUGAGUCGGCUGCCUUUACCUGACACGCCUGCUGUUACUUAUGUGCCUCCAGAGACUGUUUUCUCACUGGAAAAGCUGGAAGAGACACCUGUGAAAGCAUCCCGGAUCAAACAGUGGACAGAGAGGGACCCAGUCAUGUCCCAAGUAAAAACUUUCCUUUUACAAGGCUGGCCCAGUGUGAUAGAAGGAGAGGAGUUGAGGCCUUAUACUAAACGUAAAACUGAACUGAGUCUGCAAGAUGGCUGCAUCUUUUGGGGUGCGAGGGUCAUUGUACCUCCCCCAGGCCGUUCACAGAUUGUGGAGGAAAUACAUGAGACUCAUCCAGGUGCAUCGCGGAUGAAAAGCCUCGCAAGAUCCUAUGUCUGGUGGCCAGGACUGGAUAAGGAUCUGGAGGACAAAGUGAAAGGAUGCACGCAGUGUCAGAUUAAUCAGAACAUGCCUCCACCUGCUCCUUUGCACCCAUGGGAGUGGCCAGACCGUCCCUGGUCUAGGCUACAUAUGGACUUUGCGGGCCCUUUUAAGGGGCAGAUGUUUCUCCUAUUGGUGGAUGCGCAUUCUAAAUGGAUUGAGGCCCACAUCAUGAGCAACAUCACAGCCCCCACAACCAUCGACAAACUCAGGCAAGUGUUUGCAGUACACGGCUUGCCUGACACACUAGUCACUGAUAAUGGUCCGACUUUCACCAGCGAGUUGUUCAGUGAGUUCAUGCAACAGAACGGCAUUCAUCACAUAAGAACAGCUCCUUUCCACCCAGCCUCAAAUGGACUGGCGGAGCGGGCUGUUCAGACAGUGAAGGAGGGCCUGAAGCGAAUGACAGGUGACUCACUCAGCACUCAGCUUUCACGAUUCCUGUUUAAAUACCGCCUCACGCCACAGACUACAACGGGGCGCACGCCAGCAGAGAUGCUGAUGGGGCGUCGGCCCAAGUCAAGACUGGACCUGCUGCGUCCGGACAUGAAGGCAAAAGUGCAGGGAAAGCAGGAAAAACAGAAAGAAAGACAUGAUCAACAUGCACGUGAGAGACAGUUGAAACCAGAUGACUGUGUCUAUGUGAGAAACUUCAGCAGCAACAACAACCAGCAGUGGCUACCUGGGAUUAUUCUCAAGAGGAGUGGGCCAGUUUCCUACGUUGUUAAGCUGACUGAUGGACGUAUCUUCCGCAGACAUCAGGACCAUGUGCGCCUGCGGCAGGAUACAGGCUCAGAGACAGACAGUUCCACUGAGUUUCCAGGGGCUGGACCAACAGCAGUAGGGGUGGGUUCGCCAGAGUCUGAGACAAGGACAGAGGCUUCUGUUUCCUCUGGAGAGGAUGGACACUCUCACACUGACAUCCAGACCUCUCCCAGUCUCCCUACACCAGAGCCACCGAAGUCACCCACACCAGCGGUGUCUGCUGGGUCACCAGAGGUAGUGCGAAGAAUUCUGGCUUGGAGCACACCCUGCAUGGCCAACUGUCUUGGUUCAGUCUCUCCUCCGGUCCACCACUCCACUACCACGACUCCCCAGGCCGAUCUAUCCCUGGUUCCAGCUUGCUACCAUGACUUAGCCGAGGUCUUCAGCAAAGUACGUGCCCUGGGACUACCCCCUCAUAGACCCUAUGACUGUGCCAUUGAAGAAAGAAGCUAUGAGGAACUACAUCACAUCAUUACACCAUCCAAGUCUCCACUGGUGGCGGGAUUCUUUUUCAUGGCCAAGAAGGACGGAUCCCUUCGUCCCUGCAUUGACUACCGUCACCUUAACAACAUCACCAUUAAGAAUAAGUACCCUCUUCCACUACUCAACUCGUCUUUUGAGCCUUUGGCACCUGCAACCAUAUUCACCAAACUGGAUCUCUGUAACGCCUAUCACCUGGUACGGAUCAGAGAGGGAGACGAGUGGAAGACGGCCUUCAACACUCAUAUGGGGCAUUACGAGUACCGGGUGAUGCCUUUUGGACUCACCAACGCACCUGCUGUUUUCCAAACUCUUGUCAACGACAUCCUCCGGGACAUGCUGGAUCAAUUUGUGGUAGUAUACCUGGAUGAUAUUCUAAUUUUCUCCCGUAACAUCUCUGAUCACCAGAAACAUGUCCGACUUGUCCUGCAACGUCUAUUGGAAAACUGUCAAUUUGUGAAAGCAGAAAAGUGCUGCUUCCACUCUUCUUCGGUGGAGUUCCUGGGAUUCGUGGUCGAAAGGGGUCACAUAAGGCCAGACACGAAGAAGGUGGAGGCCGUGGUAAAGUGGCCGCAACCUACUACUAGGACGCGCCUGACCCCGGUCGAACAGAACUACGAUGCUGGGAACAGAGAAUUAUUGGCGGUCCAUGAGGCCCUGGGGGAAUGGAGACACUGGUUGGAAGGAGCUAGACACCAGUUUCAGAUUCUGACGGACCACAGCAACCUUCUGCACAUCCGAGCUGCCAAGAGAAUCAACAACCGCCAGACAAGACCAGGGUCCAAGAACACUGAGGCUGACGCACUGUCCCAGUUAUUCCUGAAAGAACCCACCGGUCCGGCAGUGGCGGAACCCAUCCUUCCUUCCACUCACAUCGUAGGGAUGGACCGGGAGGUGGACCUCCCAACAAACUGUUCGUCCAUCGGGAGCUACGACCCAGGGUCCUGGAUUGGGGACACUCCAGACUGUUCUCAUGCCAUCCUGGUUUUCAACGAUCACUAUCACUGCUACGAAGACGUUUUUGCAAGAUGUCACACAGGCCUCCUGCUGGUCUUCUUCACCCUCUCUCCAUUCCUGCCCGUCCUUGGUCGCACAUCGCCCUGGAUUUUGUCACGGGAUUUCCAGCCUCCAAAGCAACAUGGUAUUCCGGUGAAUAUCGUUUCUGACCGAGGACCUCAGUUUAUGUCGCAAAUAUGUAGAGCCUUCUACAAGGGAAUCGGAGCCUCGGUCAGCCUCACAUCGGGAUACCAUUCCCAGAGCAACGGGCAGGCUGAGAGGGCGAAUCAAAGCUUGGAGGCCAUGCUCCGAUGUGUCGCCAGUCACCAACCCACGUCCUGGAGCAAGUUUCUGCCAUGGAACUGGAGAUCGCUGUACCCUCAACUAGAGCUCAUAUUAGACGUGUCAGAGGGUGUGGAGAGCCGCUCGUGCAGCUUUGGAAAGAGCAUCCGAGAAAAUGUGUCGCAAUCUAACCGUCAUCGCAUUCCAGCCCCGUCCUAUAAACCAGGACAACAAGUGAUGCUUCUCACUAAGGACCUCAGUCUCCAGUUGUCCAUGUUUCCCAAAAUUAAACCGGUAGGGGAGAGCGCUCUGUCCCCUCCUGUCCCUGCCCCCCCACCCUCUAGGUUCUUGCCUAAUGGAGAUCAGGUUUGGAUGGUCAAGGAAAUCCUCAGGGUCCGUCGACAAGCAACUGGAGCUGUUGGCGCCUCUGCUGACAGCGCGCUCAGACACGCCCCUGCUUGUGCUGAGCGCAGCACGCCCACGCAGCAACAAGCCUGCAGACAUUCAAUAAUCAACACACCUGGACUUGAAGAAGGGGGGCGGCAUAAAGACCAGCGGACCCGAGGAACCUUUGCCAGAACGUCGGUAACCUUCCCGUAA